AUGGAAGACGACGACUUUGGCAAUAUGUCUGCUGAGGAGGUGGCCCCAGUCAAGCCGGCGAAGAAAUCACUUUUCAGCAAGAGAAUAACAGUCAAACCAGCCCCCGAGGGUGAGGGGGAGGGAGACGAGGUCGAGUUCUUCAGCCGCGCAAAGGUUCUCUACCCUGUGAGAGCCGCAGAGCAGAAGCGCAAGCAGCAGAAGAAACAGGUGAAACUCGAGAGGAAGAGAUCAUCGACGAGCGCGGAGACUACGCUGAGUCCGUCUGGAGAGAAGAGGAGGCGUGUCUCUUCGCUGAACACAACAUACUCGUCGGACGAGAAUGUCGUGAAGAAAGGUGAAGGCGCGACGCAAUAUCAGAGUGGAUCUAUUGAAAGCAAAGCCCACGGCUCCCCAACCUCGCUCUCUGCCAGAUACAGCAACGAGUUGCGCAAACCCCGGUUCUCGAAGGACGAGGCACCAGCGAAUAGGAAAGGAUAUCUCUCUCUGAGUGAUAGCGAGAGUGACAGCGAGAAGGGACCCGCCGAAACAUUGCCUGUUCGAAUCCCAGCCAACCGACCGAUAGAUCUAGACAGUGAGGAUGAUUUUGAAACUGUCUCCAGGAAAACUCCCGCGCCACCUCCGCUUCCGCCCGUUGAGGACAAGACUGAAGAAUCCGAGGAAGAGUUUCCAGAGUUAGUGGCUGCAGCACUAGAACGCGAGAGACAGAAGGUUGCAAAGAAAGUGAGCGAAAGCGUGGCUUCACAAGGACAACCCGAUGGACAUGACUUCGGCGAUCCCUUUGACGGAUACGGUACAAACCACAAUACUGAUCCUGUUAUCGACGUAUUGAUUACUUCCCAAAUCGAAAACUCGACGGCUUUAAGGGUCAAGAGAAAAUUAUCGCAACAGCUGAAAAUUGUAAAAACUUCCUGGUGCGAUAGGCAGCGGUUUGAUGGACAGCCUAUGACUCCAGAAGCUCGAGAUCAGAUAUUUCUGACUUGGAAGGGGAACAAAUUAUUCGAUUUCAACACAUGCAAAUCGUUGAUUGACCCAAAGAGCCGGGAGUUUUCAGACGACCUAAGCGAGGAUGGAGCUCAACUGGUUCACCUUGAGGCCUGGACACCUGAGAUAUUCGCCAUAUGGAAGCAACGAUGCGAGGAGAAAUUAAGGAAAGAGCGGAUCGAGGCUGGCGAGGAAGAGGCACCAGUAGAAGCGCCGGUGAAGAAGACCAAGCUCGUAAUGAAGUCCAAGGACACUGAGUACAAACUUGUGGUGAAGCCGCACACGACUGUUCAGAAAAUGAUCCAGGCUUUUCGACGGGAAAAGGAGAUCCCAGAGGAGAAAGAGAUCACGCUUCACUUGGAUGGAGAUCAGCUUGAUCUAGAAUCAAGAGUUGAGGAGCUGGACCUAGAAGACAUGGACAAUAUUGAGGUCCAUAUCCACUGA